AAAUACAUCUCAAAACGUACUGGUCUGACAGAACACGCAAUGCUGUUUUAUCUUGGAGGAAUCAGAAGCAAUACAAUUCAAAAUGGUUGUCAUUUGCAACAAGUGUCCUGAGAGAGGCGGGAUCACGAGUUUGAUUGACAUUUGGUUCUGAGAUGCGCCGCAUGGAUGUGACAUCUUCAGAUGGCUCAGCGGUUCAGCAUGGAGGAGAACCAUAUACGUAUGAUCAGGUGAAGACUGAGGAGGAUGAAGUUCCUAUAAAUACAAGUACAGGGCGUAUGGAUGUGACGCCUUCAGAUGGCUCACUGGUUAAGCACAGAGGAGAACCGUAUAUAUGUGAUCACGUAAAGACUGAGGUGGAUGAAGUUCCUAUAAAUACCGCUACAGAUGAAGAUAACUUUAAUAUAGUGAAAGUUGAGAUAACAGAAGAUCUGUGUGUGAGGCGUCAGAUGAAAGUUCCAGAUGAUGAAACCAGUGACAGCAUCAGCUCAGGGCGUCUAGAGAAAAACCCGGGCACUGGGCUAUUAAAUGUGAAGGAAGAGGAUGAGACAGAUGACAUGAAUAGUCAUCAGACUGAAAUACAUUGUUCCCUCCCUGCCGGCAAAGAUAACACUGAUAUAGUGAAAGUGGAGAUAACAACAAAAGAUAUGUGUGUGAGGCCUCAGCUGGGAGUCCUGGACAAGGAAGCUAGUUACAGUAUCAGCCCAGGAGAAUUCACAAACCUAAAUAAUUCUAGUUAUAGUCAGAGUGCUGAUGUUUCUUUUAAUUUUCUUCACAUUCAAAGGAGUGACGUUGGAAAUUUAUGUUCUGAAUGUGGUAAAUGUUUUACCAAGAAAUCAUAUCUUAUUGAGCAUCUGAAAAUUCAUUCAGGAGAGAGAGCUUUUUCAUGUUCUGACUGUGGUAAAUGUUUUACUCGGAAAUCAACUCUUAUUAAUCAUCAGAAAAUUCAUACAGGAGAGAAAGGGUUUUCAUGUUCUCAAUGUGGGAAAUGUUUUACUCUGAAAUCAGAUCUUAUAAGGCAUCAGAAAACUCAUGCAGGGGAGAAAGCAUUUUCAUGUUCUGACUGUGGAAAAUGUUUUUCUCUGAAAUCAACGCUUAUUCAUCACCAGAAACUUCAUACAGGAGAGAAAGCAUUUUCAUGUUCUGAAUGUGGGAAAUGUUUUACUUUGAAAUCACAUCUUAUUACUCAUCACAAAAUUCAUACAGGAGAAAAGCCAUUUUCCUGUUCUGUAUGUGGCAAAAGUUUUACUCGGAAAUCAACUCUUAUUCAGCAUCAGACAAUUCAUACAGGAGAGAAAGCAUUUUCAUGCUCUGACUGUGUAAAAUGCUUUACUCUGAAAUCACAUCUUAUUACGCAUCAGAAAAUUCAUACAGGAGAGAAAGGAUUUUCCUGUACUGAGUGUGGCAAAUGUUUUACUCGGAAAUCAACCCUUAUUGAUCAUCAGAAAAUUCACACAGGAGAAAAGGCAUUUUCAUGUUCUGAAUGUGGGAAAUGUUUUACUCAGAAGUCGCAUCUUAUUCCUCAUCGAAAAGUUCAUAUUAAAGGAAAUAAGGGAAAUCAGAGCUUAACCUCUUAUACCUAGAGUUGGAUCUGUUUAAGUCUCUUUUGCACGUUAAAGUGACAUGAAACCCAAGAUUUUUCUUUCAUUAUUCAUAUAGAGAAUACAAUUUUGAAAAAGUUUCCAAUAUACCUCUGUUAUCAAUUUUGCUUCAUUCUCAUGUUAUUCUUUUUUGAAGAGAUACCUAGGUAGGCUGCGUGCACAUGCCUGAAGCACUACAUGGCAGGAAAUAGUCCUGCAAUCUAGUGCACUUGAUAAUGAAUAACAUUGUUGCAAAACUGCUGCCAUAUAUAGCUGCAGACAUGUGCACACCCCAGAGCUUAAAAUGUGAUAAUAAAAGUAAAUGAAAAUUUGUUUAAAAUUGGAUGCGCUAUCUGAAUUAAGAAAUAAAAAUGUAGGGUUUUAUGUCCCUUUAAAUGGACAUUAAACACUUUGAGAUAGCAAUAUAACAUUAUUUAUAUAUAUAUAUAUAUAUAUAUAUAUAUAUAUUCUGCAAUUGUGAGUUUUUCAGUUCCUGUUAGAAAUGGAAAUGCAGAGCACUGUUAUAUUCCUCACAGCCAUUGGCUGCGCACUCUAGUGACCUAUUUAUAUCUAUCCCUAAUUGGCCACAGCAGAGAAGGUAACAAAGGGACAUGAAACCAAAAAAUGUUCUAUCAUGAUUCAGAUAGAGAAUACAAUUUUAAACAACUUUCUAAUUUACUUCUAUUAUCUAAUUUAAUUAUCUUGGUAUCAUUUGUUAAAGGAGCAGAAAUACGCUACUGUUUUCUAACUGAACACAUGGGUGAGCCAAUGACAAUUGUAAUAUUUCUGCAGCCACCAAUCAGCAGCUAGGACAUAGGUUCUUUGCUACUCCUGAGCUUACCUGGAUAAUCCUUUCAGCAAAGAAUAACAAGAGAAGGAAGCAAAUUAAAUAAUAGAAGUAAAUUAGAAAGUUGUUUAAAAUUGUAUUCUCUAUCUGAAUCAUGAAAGAAACAUUUUGGGUUUAGUGUCCCUUUAAGUUACAACAUGGCAAUACCCAUUGCUUUAUAAACACUAAAAGUUUACACUUAUUUUGUCAAUAUAUAAACAACAAAUUAAAUAAAAAAUACAUCAACAUGCUUUUCUCAGACUAUUAUUUUAUUUGAAUGCAGCAUUCUGUUUAGCAUGUAUAUAGUGUUUAAUGUCCAUUAGUUAUGAGGUGGCCCUGUGUGUUUGUCAUUCCUGGGGUUGGUCUAGGGUUCCUAUAUAGCUUUGAAUAGUCAGGUGAUCACAUGGUAUAAAUAAAAUGUGCAUUUACGUGAUCAAAGUUAUAUAAAUAUACCCAAAGGCCUUUAUUUGCAUGUUGAUAAACCCUUCUUUGAAAUGUAGGUACUGUUGAGUGUCUAAUAGGUGAUCACUGAAAUGACAGCAUUUCCCUAGCUGGAAUUUAAAUUGACCAGUUGUAUAGCUGUAUAAGGUGAGCCCCUACAUUAACAUCAGAAGUGCAAUAGGCCCCAAAAGUCAUUGUCAGGAUGAAUAUAGCCCCCUGGCUACAUAAAACAAUUAUGCAGAAAUAUAACAAAAACUUUUUUUUUACUUUUGAUUUUUAAUUGAUUGAUUAUAUAAAUACAAUAUCUUGUUAUGAAGUUUGAACAACUGAGACAAUGCAGUAAAAAUGUCAUGUUACGAUAUGAUGUCAUUUUUUUUAAAAAGUCUAAGAAAAAGAAAAAAUGCUUAAUUAUUCUCCAUUUUUAAAGGGACAUUGUACACCAGAUUUUUCUUUGCAUAACUGUUUUGUAGAUAAUCCAUUUGUAAAGCCCAUCUGUGAGUGUUUUUGUAAUAGUUUUGCUUAUUUUUUAAUAACAUUGUGCUGAUUUUCAGACUCUUGAAUAAGCCCCAAAGUAUCAGUUGUGUACUUGCGUUUACAGUCUUCUGCUGUCUUCUAUUUGACUAUUCUGUCUUUUCAUAUGCCGGGGAGGGGGGAGUGUCUUCUCUUCUUGUUUUCCCUGCCCCUUUUACUGGGUGUUCUAUCUUAACCUUAUCAACAGUGCUAAACUUCUAACUAAGUUCUUAAAAGGUUUUAUAUUGGAUGUUUAUAUCAGUAUCUGUUCAUUGCAUUCGUUACAUGCAGUUAUAUGAAAAUUGGUGUAUACUGUCCCUUUAACUUAUUUUUUAAAUGUUUGUUUUAAAAAAUUUAAUAAACACCCCUUGCUGUA